CCAGCAGGGGGCCGAGCAGAGAAAAAUGUGGGAGGAAAGAAAAAAAGGAAUCCAGGGAUCUGAGUCAGCAGCUCCAGUCUGCUCCUCUUCUCUUCUCUCUCUUCUCCUCUUCCUCAACUUCCGUGGAUCCAUUUCACCUCUGAUCACUAUCGAAUCCACACUUUAACGCUUUUCAAUGAACAUGCAUGAGUCUACAUCACAAUAAGGAAGAAAACAAGCCCGAAACACAGCAGAGAGGAGAGUCUGGAGUCUCGAUGAGGAGCUUUGAUGAAGUAGAGGAUUAAAAUAGAUCUACACACUCACCACAUGUCCCUCUGCUAAACAUUUACCCCGAAGCUUCAUGUCCCUCCGAGUUUCAGCCAUGAGUGUUCUUCCUCCUGUCCGAAGGGACCGUGUCAUUGCUCAGCUCCCUCAGUAUUUCAGGAAAGAGGCAGCUCUCCACACUGACCAGGACUUCAACAAUAAAGUGAAGACGGCGUGUCAGGAGCAGCGAACUGGCACUGUGGGCAGAUUUAAAAUCUCUAAGGUCAUUGUUGUGGGAGACCUGGCUGUGGGGAAAACCUGUCUGAUUAAUAGAUUUUGCAAAGAUGCUUUUGAUAAAAACUACAAGGCGACGAUCGGUGUCGACUUUGAGAUGGAGCGCUUCGAGGUGCUGGGCGUUCCUUUCAGCCUACAGCUCUGGGACACUGCAGGCCAAGAGAGGUUCAAGUGCAUCGCUUCUACGUACUACAGAGGAGCGCAGAUUGUAAUUAUCGCGUUUGAUGUUAAUGACAUCGCCUCUUUGGGCCAUGUGAGGCAGUGGCUCGAAGACGCCCUGAAAGAGAACGACCCCACCGCUGUUCAGCUGUUCCUCGUCGGCACAAAGAAAGACCUGAGCUCUCCUGCUCAGUAUUCUCAGAUUGAAAAAGACGCCCUCAAACUAGCACAGGAGAUGAGAGCAGAGUACUGGGCUGUGUCGUCACUGACGGGGGAAAACGUCAGAGAGUUUUUCUUUCGAGUUGCAUCGUUGGCGUUCGAGACCAACGUUCUCGCUGAGUUGGAGAAAAGUGGAUCGAGGCAAAUUGGGGGCGUCGUCAGAAUUAACAGCACUUCACACAAUACGUACAAAGAUUCAUCAAAGAAGAAGCAGCCGAACUGCUGUCAGUAAAGAUGGAAGCAGGAGGUUAAAGUCGAAGGUUCAGACUGAAAAUGAGGGAAAAGACUGGAUGGAUUUCAGUGGUCAGAGCAGGAGAAGGGACUUCCUGACAUGUUUGAGUUCAGUUUUUCCUGGCCUAGAAAGCGUUUUCCUCUGUGGGAUGUGGAUUCUUGUGGUGUUGCUCAGUUUAACUUGUCUAGAGUUACAGAGUGACACAGCAAUUACACAUAAAAAUGACUGUUUUAGUACUGCAGGGAUGCCAAAGAAAGACUGUUGAUGUUUUUAACAUGGUAGAUGGGUGGAUGAUUAAAUAUUCAGUCUCGCUGCUGUAGUUUAACAAUUAAGAUUUUUCUUCACAGUAAAACUCUGGUUUACCUUUAAAGUCUGUUAUUUUAAAUGACUGUUUUUACUUGGUACUGCACCUCUUUUCAUUAUGCUGUAGAUCAGACGCUCCCAACCUUUGUGUAAGAAUUAAGAUUACACAGUAAAUCACAAGAAAAAAGGUUUGAAGAAAGUCUGAAAAAAUAAACAGAAUUUUUUGUAGCAGAAAUGUUUUUUUUCUGCUUUCU